AAGCCUCUAUGAAAGUCCAAGCAGCUCGUCAAGCUGAUUUCAAUUUCUUGGGAGUUCGUCUCGCGCGAUUUGUUCCCUUCUUCUCAGACUCUGCUAUUGUUUUGUGAGUUUCAGUGCCAGGAGCUUCCCUAGGCAAAAAGAUUUCAACAGGGCGUGCAGUAGCCACUGGCAAACUUCCGCUCGGAGGCUACUCAGAAGCAGAUUAGCAGUACUAACAUCCACAAAAACGGAUAAGAGCCCUUUCUCUGUUUACUGCACGCAGAUAGUCAAUGUGCUAAAAGUGCACUUAUAGCAUCUACUUGUGGAACGGGUUGACAGGUUUCAGGCUCUGGCUUUUGAGGUUGGUUUACCAAAGGGAGGUGUCGGAUUUUCCCCAUGUCCAGCAGCAAGGUGUCCAGUGGCCCUGGACGGCCCUUACAAGAAGCAAGUAAAAAGCCUCCAAAACCAGUUCCCUCAAGACGGACGUCUGGAGAGUUCGAUAGGACUUCUCAAAAUGGAGGAGGUGUACCUGUUGGCGGUGGAGAUAGGCCAAAUUCAAAUGGAGUCCUGCAUUCUGAAUCACGAGAAGGUGGUGCAUCGGCAGAUUUGCCAGCAUCUGACCAAGAGAUUACAGCAGUGGUGCAGAGCGUAUUCGCUGGUGAAAUCAACAGGGAACCUCCAAUACCAACAAGGCGACGGAGCGGCGGCUUUGUCGAUACUGCGGCGCAGAGUGUUGUCUGCGAUGCGGCUGGUGUUCCACUUGGCCCCGAAUACUGCCCUUUUAUAGAAAAGAAGAGUCCUGUCACAUUUUACGAGCUCUUUAAGAUGGCAAUCUUGUUGCCAACUGUUCCGAUACGUGUUGGCCUGAUCAUCUUCGUUCUUCUUCAAUGCGCGGUAGUAGUGACACUCGCCACAUGGGGCGCGCCGUCAAAUGAGCCCUUCUCCCCCUGGCGGCGAAAGCUGAUUGCCAGAUGGGCCCGUCCGUCCAUCUCCAUCGUGCUAUUUCUCCUCGGGUUCCGGAUACGCGUGCACGGCAUCGAAAACGCGUGGGACGGUUGGGAGCGGAAGGCCGUCAUGGUCGCGAACCACGUGUCGUACAUCGACCCCCUCUUCGCAGUAGCUGUUUUCGCACCUUCUGGAGUGGCCAAGACAUCGUCCGUCCGUAUCCCCCUCAUCGGCCAGAUAGCACAGGGCUUCCAACCCCUCCUCAUUGACAGAACCCGGUUCACGCAGAACCAGACCGCGACUGGGAAUAAGGAGGGCACCGCGGCGCUCAUUGCGGCGCGCGCAGCGGACGCGCGCUACCCGCCCAUCUUCAUGUUCCCGGAAGGCACCACUUCCAACGGCCACUGUUUGCUCCAGUUCCAGCGGGGAGCGUUUGUGGCGGGGGCGCCGAUCAUCCCCGUACUGCUCAACUACAAGUACAAGUACUUCAACCCUGCCUGGACCAACUGCAGCAUCCCGCUAGCCAUCUUCCGGCUGCUUUGCCAGUUCGCAAACUACCUUGACGUCACCAUUCUUCCGCUGUAUACCCCGAGCGAGGACGAGCGGCGAGACCCCGCCUUGUAUGCCAGCAACAUGCGCAAGCACAUGGCGGGCGCGCUGGGGGUCCCGAUGAUUGAACAGAGCUUGGGCGAGUACCUGAAGUCGCUCAAGCACGGGGUUAAGAUGGACUGGUUGAUGCGUCGGCAAUUGGGGCCUCCAUGGAGCUUGGUGCUUAGGGCUUGACGAGCUUCUGAACAGAAUCUGCAGUGGUCUAGGAUCCACGAAAUUCCAAUGUGUAGUGGGAGUAGAAUUAGAAAGUUUGCCGCCAAGCUACGAUAGGUUUUUGUUACGAGUUGCUUUGUACCAUGUUAAGAUUGCUUGUUUCGGGUUGUUUAGCGUUGUGCUGCGUAGGUUGCGUUGUCACCAGUUCACUCAAAAUGCUUGAACGCAGUGAUAAGGUGGGCAUCGGCAGUUGAGUUGUCUGCCUAUGGAAGUUGGAUCAUAGAAGGCAAGGUUGGUCAAAAAUAAGCGGGCUGUUUGAUAGGUGGUCGUCCAAACGAGUGCAGAUGACUGCAGCCAAAAGAGGUUAAGACUAGCAUCAAGCAGAUGACCUCUAAAUGAGCUGUUCAUUAAGAACGAUGACGAUUAGGCCGAACUGACUGACGAUGUAGGAGACCGAGAGACAUCGUGCCACGGAUC